GUCUGGUCACCUUUUGCCAGGCGAACAGUAGUGAAGUACGCGUUUCCGUUAAACGAAGCUGCAGCGAGGACAAAGGGCGACUUAAAAGCGAAACAGAGUGAGAUAAAGGCCGGUGUAACGAAGAUUGAAUUGACGAAAGUGAACGCAAUCAAAAGAGAUGUCGGCGUUAAGUAUCUUGGUUAAUUGUAUCAUCUUGUGCGUUGCCUUUCGAGGCACAUUUUCUAUGCCGAAAAAAAUUGCUGUUCUAACGAUUAACAAAACCGAGGAGAUCGAUAAUACUGGCAGUCAUUCCGCUCACAAUCCAUUGAAAUUACAUUGGGAUCAAUAUCAAACUCGCAAUAUGAUGGUACACGGCACGGUGUGUGUGUGCAACCUUCGCCUGCGAGGGACUCCUCCUCGAGAUGAUUACACGUACACGGCUGGAAUCGGUUCCCAUAAAUUGCACACCAGAGCACAGGCGUGGAACACCGCGCGAAAAAUUUGCAACGAGGAAGGCGGGCAUUUGGCAAUUAUCAAUUCCUACGCGGAGCAACGGGUAUUAAUGGAACUGUUUAAACGAGCGGGCCCGGUGGUUGGUGCCACCUACAAGAAACAAGCCUCUCUGGGUUUGCACGAUCUUUAUAUGGAAGGCGAUUGGGUCACGAUACUCGGCGACCCUCUCGCGGUAACUGGUUUCACCGUAUGGAGCAGUUCUGGGGGUGGACAGCCGGAUAACUCGGGUGGAGUGCAACAUUGUGCAGGGAUGUUAAGGGAUGGAACUAUGGACGAUAUUAACUGCAACAUACCACACGCCUUCUUUUGUGAAAUACCUGAGCUAGCGCCUUUGUAAUCAUUUAUUUAUUCAACUCUUGGCAAUGAUAAUUUUAAAGCAACAAUCGUUCCUAGGUGGACAAAGAUGUUUUGGUUUUUACCUGGAACGUUGAUGAGGCUUUCGUAAAGUUUUAUUGUAAUUUGAAGAAAAUAUUAAGAAAUUUUGGAAUCUCUA